AUGCGGUCCAAAUUCAAAGACGAACAUCCUUUUGAGAAACGCAAGGCAGAAGCUGACCGUAUUCGGCAAAAAUACCCCGACCGCAUCCCAGUCAUCUGUGAAAAGGUCGAAAAGAGCGACAUUCCGACGAUUGACAAGAAGAAGUACUUGGUUCCUUCAGAUUUAACAGUGGGCCAGUUCGUAUAUGUGAUUCGCAAGCGCAUAAAGCUUAGUCCAGAACAAGCCAUCUUUGUGUUUGUAGACGAAAUUCUACCACCCGCAGCAGCAUUGAUGAGUGCCAUCUAUGAAGAGCACAGAGAUGACGAUGGUUUUCUAUACAUUACGUACUCAGGUGAAAACACUUUCGGGCAAACUGGCCUAGCAUAA